CAACCCACUCUUCAUCACUUUGCCGCAACACCACGUUCGAGUCGUGAAGAGAUAUUUCCAAUCACCACCACCGAAUCACACAUCAUGUCUUCCUACCAGAAGGGCGAGAAGGACCAGGGCGGUGAUGCCCCCAAGUCCCACAAGAUCCGCAUCACCCUCUCCUCCCGCAAGGUGCAGACCCUCGAGAAGGUCUCGCAGGAGAUCCUCGACCGCGCCAAGAGCAAGGACCUCCGCUUCAAGGGCCCCGUCCGCCUGCCCACCAAGACCCUCAAGGUCACCACCCGCAAGACCCCCUGCGGUGAGGGCUCCAAGACCUGGGACUGCUUCGAGAUGCGCAUCCACAAGCGCCUCAUCGACUUGACCGCCCCCACCGAGGUCGUCAAGCAGAUCAUUGUCAACAUUGAUGCUGGUGUCGAGGUCGAGGUCACCAUUGCUGCUUAAGUGCAGCGUGGCUGGUCGCACAACCCCGGACAAGGAAUGGUCGGAGCUACGGAUACGAGGCUCGGCUAUGCCUUGAUUGGUAGAAAAUAAAAAAUUCAAAGACGCAUUUGGUGCGA